AUGAUAUUACAAAUAUAUCCAGGUUCUGCAUGGACAAUAUUAUCAAGAUCUUUUGCUGAGUAUUGCAUUGUUGGGUGGGAAAACUUGCCAAGGAUCCUCCUUCUCUACUACACAAACUUUGUGUCAUCUCCAGAAGGAUAUUUCCAAACAGUUAUUUGCAACUCCAAGGACUACAAGAACACCACAGCAAACAAUGACCUACACUACAUUACUUGGGAUAAUCCUCCAAAGCAACACCCAAGGACACUAGGACUCAAAGAUUACAGGAAAAUGGUGUUGAGCAACCGUCCAUUUGCUAGAAAAUGUAAGAAAAAUGACCCACUUCUGGAUAAAAUUGAUAGAGAACUUUUGAAGAGGAGUAGUGGGGGAUUUUCGUUUGGAGGGUGGUGCUCAGAGGGUGAAAGGCAUAAUAGAUCGUGCCGAGGUUUAAAAAGUGAGAAUUAUGGUGUUCUCAAACCUGGCCCAGCCUCAAAAAAGUUGAAGGCUCUGCUUUCAUAUAUUCUCUCUCAUAAAGUUUUUCACAAGAUGCAAUGCCAAUAA